AUGAGCAAGACUGGCGCUGUUGUGGCAUUGAAGAAGGUUCCACUACGGAAAUGGGAGGAUGGCAUUCCAAACACAGCUCUCAGGGAAAUAAAGGCUUUGCAAGAAAUAGAGGAAAACCAACAUGUGGUGAAAUUAAGGGAGGUGUUUCCGCAUGGUACUGGUUUUGUGCUGGUAUUUGAAUACAUGCUCUCCGAUUUGUCCGAAGUGGUACGCAAUUCAGAAGAACCAUUGACUGAAGCACAGGUCAAAAGUUACAUGCUAAUGUUACUGAAAGGCGUGGCCUAUUGUCAUGCCAACUCAAUUAUGCAUAGGGACUUAAAACCAGCUAAUCUGUUAAUAAGUGAGACAGGGCAUUUGAAGAUUGCUGACUUUGGUUUAGCAAGAGUAUUCAGCAAUGAAGAGGGACGUCAGUAUAGUCAUCAGGUGGCCACUAG